GUUGGCCUGAACUGAACUCAAGCCUGCAGUCCGGUGUUUGGGUUUUGGACGGUGGGAUGACUUCCACGUCACACUCUCUGUCUGAUCGAUUUUGGUUUCCAGCUUUUCCACUGUUCCUGGGAAACUACGCCACUCGAUGCUUGCCACGUUGCUGAUGGGGACUUUUCAUUUUAAUCCCACUACUACUCUUUUCCUUUCCCACAACAAUUUCAAAUUUCCUCCCGUUCCUUUUUCCGGAAAACUCUCCCCGAGUGAUCACCGAAGAAGACGAAUGAGCCGGCGAAAGGCGGCCGGAGAGCGAUCAAGGAAGGUACCGGAACUCCGGAAGCCGCCGGAAACAGUAGCAGAAGACAUUGAAGAUUUGUUCGGUGAUGCCGAAAUCAAACGGAUAAGAGAUUCGCUUCUGGGUUGGUAUGCCCUCAACCGCAGGGAGCUUCCAUGGAGAGAACCAGAGGAAGACAAAGAGAAGAGAGCGUAUAGAGUGUGGGUCUCCGAAGUAAUGCUUCAGCAGACCAGAGUUCAGACCGUCGUUCAGUAUUUCGACCGUUGGAUGAACAAAUGGCCCACGAUUCGCCACCUUGCCGACGCUUCUCUUGAGGAGGUGAAUGAAAUGUGGGCGGGUUUGGGAUACUACCGACGAGCACGUUUUCUUUUGGAGGGAGCAAAAAUGAUUGUUGCGGAAGGAUGUCCAUUUCCUAAAACGGUUUCUUCUCUACAGCAAUAUCCAGGAAUUGGGAAGUACACAGCUGGAGCAGUUGCCUCAAUAGCAUUUAAAGAGGUGGUUCCAGUGGUUGAUGGAAAUGUAGUAAGAGUUAUUUCUAGACUAAAGGCUAUUUCUGCAAAUCCUAAGGACUCGGCUACUGUCAAGAGAUUUUGGGAACUAGCAACUCAGCUAGUUGACCCUUUAAAUCCAGGGGACUUCAACCAGGCUCUCAUGGAACUUGGUGCAACUGUAUGCACUCCAUCAAGUCCAAGUUGUUGUUCAUGUCCUGUAUCAGAUCAAUGUAGCGCACUUUCAGUAUCUAGACAUGACAGUUCAGUUUCCGUCACAGAUUAUCCUGUUAAGGUGGUAAAGGUCAAACAAAGACAUGAUUUUUCUGCUGCAUGUGUUGUGGAGAUAUUAGGAGAGAAGGAAAUAUGCGAUGGACACCUAGCAGAUAGUAAAUUUCUCCUUGUAAAGAGGCCAGAUGAAGGUUUGCUUGCUGGUCUCUGGGAGUUCCCAUCUGUCUUGUUGAAUGGAGAAGCUGACUUGGUCGAUAGGAAAGAAGCAAUCGAUCAAUUUUUGAAUGAACAUUUCGGAAUUAACCCCAGUAAGACCUGCAAAAUAGUUUUCAGAGAACAUGUUGGAGAAUUUGUCCAUGUUUUCAGUCACAUUCGUCUCAAGAUAUAUGUGGAGUUAUUGACACUACGGCUCAAAGGUGGGAUUGACUUGUUUAGAAAGCAAGAGAAAGAAUCUCUUCCCUGGAAAUGUGUUGACAGUAAGGUCCUUUCAAGCUUGGGCUUGACAUCCAGUGUAAAAAAGGUAUACACCAUGGUUGAGAAAUUUAAGCAGCAAAAACCAUCCAAUAAUUCUGUCCCUGCCAAAAAGAGAAACAGAAUAAGUUGAACAAACUGAGCGUGCAAAUGCUUUGGUGAGCUCAAAAAAAGAAGCUGCUAUUUGACGGUUAAAAGGGAAAAUAACUGCAAAAUUUUGUUAGGAGUUCCUUUCAAAUUUAUAUUAAUUCAUUUGUAGCACAAAUGAAAUGGAUAAUAUAUAUAUAUAUAUUACCAUUUGUCAUUUGUUGAUGCUUAUAGAAAUUUAUUUAUAAUCUUAUAUUCAUCAUCCUUGCAAUUUUUGUGCUUGUAUUGUGAGGAAGAACAUGCCUUAACACAUUCUAGCAAGGGGAAAAGGUUGAGGAUUGGGUUUGGUUUUAUUUUUAAUUUUUUGUUUUGUUCGUAUUGGGUUUGUCUUUUCUUAUGAAAAAUUACCCCGGUUAAUCUUAAACUAUUGUAAUAUGAAUUGAUUAAAUAUUUAUGAUAGUCCUUCUUUCAGCUGCCA